AUGGAUCUCGAAGCCCCUGGAGGAUCUGAUAUUCCAAAUCCGGAUAGUACUAGCGAAUCGAGUGUUGAUGUUUCGCAGAUAGAUUUACCAGAAAAGGAUGAUGAAUCGUUAUUAAAUGAUUCGGAAACAGCUGAAAAUGUAUUGGAUCGACUUGCUCAACUACCGUAUCAAGUAUUCAUACUUUCUGAAGCUGGAAGGCCUAUCUUUGUCAAUAGCGGAAACGAAGAACCGUUGUGUGCUUUAUUUGCUGUAAUUGGCAUUUUUGUUGAGCGUGUGAAGGCAUUUGAAGACAGUCUAAUAUCGAUUUCAUGCGCUGACCGAACCAUUCAUUUUUUGCAUAAACCACCGCUCGUAUUUUGCAUUGUUUCCAAAUAUGGAGAGAAACUCGAUGAACAAUUAGAGGUCUUGUAUGAGCAGAUUUUGUCUGUCUUAUCGAGAUCACAACUGGAAAGUGUUUACGAGAAAAAAGGAUUUAAUUAUGAUUUACGGAAAUUAUUACGAGGGACUGAUCGGCUUAUUGAAUCUUCCAUUGCGUCGUGGAGAGGAUCUCCAAUCACCUUUGUGGAUUCGUCGAUUUCGGCAGUUCCUAUGAAUCCAUCGGAUCGAGAGUUCUUAUCAAAUUCCAUGGCUAAUAGCCUCGGAACUGCAAAAUUAGAUGGUGCAUUAUUUGGAAUAAUGAUUGCUCAUCGUCAAAUCGCUUCAUAUGUUCGCUUUAAGAAAUAUAUAAUGCAUCCUCGAGAUAUGAAUAUCGUAAUAAAUUUGGUGUCCGAUAAAUCGUUACAAAUCGCCGACGCGCAAACUUGGACACCUAUUUGCUUACCUCGUUUUAAUGACACAGGAUUCUUUUAUGCUUUCAUUUCAUAUCCAUGGCAGUCCGAUGGUAUUCCGGCUUGUUUAGUAUUGUUGUCAGUUAGACGGGACCAUUUCGAUGCUUUAAAUGAGGUGAAGCAAAAUAUUGUGGCAAAACUUGAAGGAAAUUCGAAAUUCUUCGCCAACUUCUCAGAAGCUGUAAAGAAACCAAAUUUGUUUAAUAUCUCACAGAUUGGUUCAAAUAAUGAGUCAUUAUGGGCAUUUACUUAUCUUAAUCAUACUUCGAAACAAGUUUGUAUAUCGGCAUCAAGGCCUCCAUUAAUAUCACGAGAAGAGCGUUGGAUAGCCAGAUGUGAUAUGCGAAAAGGAGCCGCCACAUAUACCAAACAUCCACAUUUACGUACCCUUUUUGUCAGAGGAAGUCGCCAUUGCCUAUUUGUAUGGGUAACUGACAUGUUUUCUCUUCAUUGCAUAUUCGGACCAUUUGUAACGGCUGCAACUGCAUUCCAAAUAGUCAAAAAACUUCUUGACACUCUCAAAAGUCACGAACAGAGAUAUUUUAUAAUCAAAACUGCCUCAUUUUGA